UCACCGCCGACAGGCUGUCAGAGUGAGUGAGGAGAGGCAAAUAAACCUCUGUGACGGAGGACAGUCAUUGUUUUCUCUUUCAGAUCUUUAUAACAGGAGCUCCUCGCGCUGCAUCUGUUAGCUUACAGUAACAGUGGCGCGUGCUUUGACGGUUGGAACCACACUUUUGAUGACUUUACAGCAAACCGUCCACUAACUGUUACCAAAACGACCUGUUUAUUAAGAAAAAACGUCCCCGAGGAUGAGGAGGACACACUGUCAGACGGUGUAAACAACCGCUCCCGCUGCUGUCUGGUUUCCUCUGCCUUCUAGUCGACUUUGAAACCAUUUAAAAAUGCGUCGCUUCUGAACUUCACAGCCUGAAAGUGGAUGUGAUCUUCAGGGGUCAGAGUUGAUUGCCCAUUCGAAGGGUCAAGCCCAUGGAUCUGACUGUGACACGCAGGUUGUUACAUCCAGGCCCAGAUUCCGCCAUGCUGGCUCCACAGCCUUCCUUCUACCUGGAACAUCUCACCGCUCAGCAUUGCUCUCAGUUUUCUCAGCACCACUUGCAGUAUAACACUGAACAAAGGCACAGGAAGAUGGAGGGGGAGAAAAGAGAAGACCCGCAGAAGCUGAUACAAAAGAAUAAAAUUGAACAGAGUGCUGUUGCUAGCAAGCAUGUAAAGCAGAUCCUGCGGGAACAUAUAAUCAUGAAGAACCAGGCUCCUCAUGACAGGGUUCCUGGUAGCCACUGCAAUACCCCUCCAGGAUACAGGCUACCAGUCCCUGACAUGUCCCUCAAGCCUCAGCCUACACCCUGUGACCAGCGUAAGGACCUUGCCCUGCGCAGAACAGUAUCUGAGCCCACACUGAAGUGGAAGUUGAAGAAACUCAUCUCCACGAGGCCUAACCCGCUGCAACGAAAGAUCAGCGCCCCUCCUGAUGUCAAGCAUAGGACAGAACCUAUGGACUCUUCUCCAAGCAGCAGCAGCACUUCAGCAUCAGGCUGCAGCUCUCCAAACGACAGCCUCAUGUCAGACAACGGGUCGCUCCCAAGGGCUCCUGAGUCGAAGAGGGUGCUGAUGAAGAAUGGUAAUUUAGCUCACUUCACUCUGCCUACCAACCCCAAUGCAAUGCACAACAUCACUGCUGGACUUCCUGCACAGAGUGACAUACGUGUAACGAAGCCAAUGACCUCAUCGGGUUUGCAAUCUGUCUUCCUAUCUCUGGAGGGAACCGGCCCGUCUCUGUCUCAACGCUUGCAGCCAGUGAUCAUAUACGAACCACACAUGGGAUUAAUGCGCCACCACCUUGUUCCUCUUCAUAGUUUGAGUACCAUUCCUCAACAACAGCAUCCUCACCUAUCCUCCUCGUCCAGAAGAGAAGGCUUAGUUGCCUUGGGCUCCCACCGACCUGUGGAGCGAGCACAUUCAGAGCCACUACCUUACAGCCACUCAGUCCUGCCUCGGCAUGCAGGCCAUCACCCACACACCCACCAACAGCUCUCCCAGCUGUACCACAAGGCUGGAUUGGAAAGGUUUAAGCUGAGUACACAUCUGAGCAAGAUCCCUUUUGAGGACAUGGACCUGGAGGAGACCGGAUCAGCAUCAGGUUCCGGGACAGGGUCUUUGUGCGGCUCUGAACUGAGCUCACUGUGUGACGAUGGCCACCGCAGGAGAGAAAGCACUGCCAGCACAGACUCAGUUUAUGACACAGAGUCCAUUACGUCCUCUCGGGAGAGCUUGAUCGAGUCGUCACACUCUUUCAGUCAGAGGCAGGUAAUCCUCAGAUCAACUUUCCAGCCAGAUGCACUGGGAGUUCCUACGUUAAUUUGGCCUCAUCAGUCUCACCAGCCUGUGAUUCGGAGCCGCUCUUUACCACCCUCCACCUCCCUGACUCCUGCUUUACAUGCAACCACCAUAAUACCUUCUCUGUCACUGUCGAGCCCUGUCACAGAUGCCAAGCUACGUUUUACAACAGGUUUGGUUUAUGAUGCUCAGAUGCAGAAGCACCAGUGUAUUUGUGGAGACAACAGCCGUCACGCUGAGCAUGCUGGGAGGAUCCAGAGCAUCUGGUCCAGACUGCAAGAAAGAGGGUUUAAAGGCCAAUGCGAGACUAUCCGCAGCAGAAAAGCCACUCGUGCAGAGCUGCUGUCCGUUCAUUCAGAAAACCAUGUGUUAAUAUUGGGUAACAAGAUGGACAAUCACAAGCUUACUGGACCGCAGAUUUUUGUAGAUCUACCAUGUGGAGGUGUAGGGGUGGACAUUGAUACAGUCUGGAAUGAGCAACACACAGCAGCUGCUUCCCAAAUAGCUGCAGGGUGCAUCAUAGACCUGGCCCUUAAGGUGGCACAGAGAGAGCUGAAGAAUGGUUUUGCAGUGGUGAGGCCCCCUGGACACCAUGCAACCCGCUCCUCUCCUCUGGGCUUCUGUUACUUCAACUCCGUGGCCAUCGCAGCCAAGCAGCUCCAACACAAACUGAAUGUCAGCAAGAUCCUCAUCGUAGACUGGGAUGUGCACCAUGGCAACGGCACCCAAGAGGCCUUCUAUAAAGACCCGAGUGUUCUGUAUAUCUCUCUGCAUCGCUAUGAUGAUGGGAACUUCUUUCCUGGUAGUGGACAUCCAAGUGAGGUGGGGGCAGGUGCAGGCAAGGGCUUCAAUGUCAAUGUGGGAUGGACUGGUGGUCUGGACCCUCCAAUGGGUGAUGCAGAGUACCUGGCUGCAUUUAGGGCUGUGGUGAUGCCCAUUGCCCACGAGUUUUCCCCUGACGUGGUCCUGGUCUCCGCCGGCUUCGAUGCUGUUGAAGGACACCCACCUUCACUGGGAGGAUACAUGGUCACAGCCAAGCUUUUUGGCUUCCUGACUCGUCAGCUGAUGUCACUGGCAGGAGGCAGGGUCGUCCUCGCUCUGGAGGGGGGCCAUGACCUCAAAGCCAUCUGCGAUGCCUCUGAAGCCUGUGUCAGCGCCUUGCUCGGCAUGGAGGUGGAGCCUCUGUCCCAGUCGCUCUUGGACCAAAAGCCCUGCGAGAACGCAGUGCGCUCUCUGCAGAGAAUCGUCCAAAUUCAGGGUGAGUUCUGGCAGAGUGUGAGGGAAUCAGCCGCCACGGUGGAUCUGUCCUACCUGCAGGCACAGAGACACAGAUUUAGGCGAGACUCGGACAGCGAGGCAGUCAACGCCAUUGCCUCUCUGUCAAUGCGGUCCCUCACAUCAGAAAGGAAACCACUUGAAAGAAUGUGAAGGAAAAACAGCCUAUCCGAGGAUGCCUUUAACUUAGACUCAGUGGAAAUAUACACAUACACACACACCCAUAUAUAUAUAAAGCUAUGCAUCUGGAGCACCACUGGAAUAUACAAACCUGCACUACUACUGGCUGCAGCGUGACCACUCUGAUUCAGACACUCCUUAACAAUGUUCAUUUUGUGUUGCAUUCAUGUCCUCAAAAGAUCUCUGCAGACUUUUCCCGAAAGCGACAUCAAUCACUGAACUGAAAACAAAGUUUAAAAUAUGAACUUAACAAUGAAGACCUGGUGCAACAUGAUGUAGAAUGAGCAUUGAUGAGAAAUUGUUACUGACUGCGGCGAAACCUGCACAGACCACUGAGGCUCGUGUUAUUUUAGAGAUGUGUUGCUGGAGAGAAGGAUGGCAGGUGAAUGAGGAUUCCCUUUUCUGCACGUGACAAAGAUCGAAUGAAGGAAAAAGAUCAGUUUAUUCUGAUCGUCUUGCACUGUGAGCGUUCUGCGACUGGACAAAAAGGAUGUGAAGCGUGUUCAUAUUUUGUACUUCAUUUAAAUAUUCAUUUUUUUCGACAUAUGGCACACAUUUCUGUGGAUGUCAGCAUGAGAUUUUUUUGGAGAUCUAGCGUGAAGCUACAGUGAAGUCUGAGAUACAUAUGUUUCAUAUUGUUUUCUGUGUCCACAUAUUUUCUUAAAUCUCUUUUUUUUCUUCUUUCUUUCUUGGCCUGUCAGCCAAACAUAUGCAGCAGGAGUUUAAAUAGUUAUUGUUAUCACCUUCUGACAGAUGAAAGAAGACACAUCAUUCUUUUAUAAAGUACAUUUUAAAUAUGUUGAAAUACUGUUGUAUUGGUGGCAUAAGUCACAGUUUAAAGCUAAUACCUUAGGAAAGCUGGGGAGUCGAUAUAAUGGAAGACAGUUAUGGAUUUAAACGAAGCUCCGGUGCAUUGCAAACACUCAGUACAGCUCAUAUCAAGUUGAAACCAAAGAUUUAAAUGCACUGUAUAAAAGACACAUAAUAAUUCAUCCCUCAAUUUCUGACAUUAAAUCAGACUAAACCUUUGCUGCUUCAAGUCAGUCAGGGCAACCAAAAUUAUUUAUAUUUUCUAAAUGACAGAAAAUUGACUGAGAUGUAUUUUCGCUUCAUUUUGGAUUGCUUUCUUUAAAUUCAGACGUUUGCAUACACUGUGAUUAGUGUACCUUUACCAAAUUCUAGAAAUCUGUGAUGAUGAUGUCAUAGUUUGGUCAACUUCUGAUUGGUUAAGUCACAACGAUUGAGUUAAAUGGAGGCAAACCUGUGGAUGUUCUCGAAGGCAACAACUCAAACACACUGCUUCCUUGUGUGACAUCAUGGAAAAAGUUAAACAUAAAGAACUGUGGACCUCCUCUAGUCUGGUUCAUCCUUGGGUACAAUUUCCAGAUGCCUGAAGAUGCCACGUUCAUCUGUUUAAAGAAUUAGUAGAAGUAUGAACAGCAUAGGAUUGUCCAGCCAUCCGGCUGUUCUUCAUCCACAGGUAAUCAAGUCUAGAGUCAAUGUUUUAGAGAGAUCAACUCAAAGUGCUGAUCCAGAGUAAAUAGAAAACUGGUGAGAAGAGCUUUUAAAGUGUAUGUGAGAUAGGCAGUCUGCAAACAUGACCCAGUUACACCGGUUCUGUCAAGAGGAAUGGGCCAAAGUACCAGAAACUUGUGGUAGGAUUUGCAAAAUAUCUGGCUCAUGUUAUAUGUUGAAAGGUAAUGCUACCAAAUACGAAAGGUCAUGCAUCUAAACGUCUGUAUUUAUAUGAUAAAGAACAAAAUAAAAUGAUCCUGCUCAUUAUUUUUGCAUUUGGCUAAUAGAAUAAUUUUAGUAACUGACUUAAACCAGACAAAAUUUUGUCUGAUUUAAUGUCUAACAGUAAAAAAAAAAAGUGUGUCUUUUUACACGCUGUAUGAAUAUAUCUGGUGUCACAUGUAUGUGCAAAAAAGGCCACAUUCUGGUAGUUAAAAAGAAACUUACAUCCAAGGCUUUUAACACAAUUCCACACAGACAAAGUGCACUUACACCUCCCUCAGCUUUGAUGUUGUAAAUGUUGUGUGGACCAGUGCUUAUUUUCCUGUGGACCAGCAUUCCUGCUGUGUCUCUUCUGGUUAUUUUAUAUUUUAUUAAGGACAAUAUGAUGCGUGUUUCAUCUGUAAUUUACCCAGUGUGUUUACUGUCAGUACCAGCGUCGACUAAACGGAGGCUUUUGUCGGCUAGGAUGGGGCAAUAAUACCCGAGGUCAUUGAUCAUACAGUCGAUAUGCACACAGUGUGAUUGGACACAGGUUAACCGCAACCAAAGUUUAUAAGAAAAAUGUGCUCUAUUGACUGACAAGUCCAAAAAAGAACUUCAAAGUCUCUGUGAAUGUUUCUUUUCUCUUUCCAAACAGUCAAAAAGCAUCAAAAGCAAAGAUACAUAAACAAAUCCAUUUGACAUUACGUGUAUUUAUCUUUCAGAUUUGGAGCCUUUGAAGUGCUCUCUGCAUGUCUAAUGCAAUUAAGAUGGUGCUAAAAAACAGUGUGUUUGUUUCUUUUUCUGUUUAGCUCUUUCCUGCGUGUGACAUUGAACAUGCAGCUCAGCACCUGCCCGGUACUUGUUGAUGUAAUGAAAAUGUGUAAACCACAUGACAGGGACAGAACGGCCCGCGUUCAGCAUCUUUCUGCUGUUUCCAGUGGACAUAACGUGACAUGUCUUGUGUCUUAUCCUUUUGUCUUAAUGAAUAUAAAGUUUAGGUUUUGUAUUUGAGCUCAGAAAUAAAGCCUUAAGACCAAAUUAUCAACUUAAUGAUGAUGCUGACCGACCUGUGUGAAGGUUGCCUUAACAAUAUCGAGCUUAAAGAAAACUGUGGGCCAAGUCCAGUUUAGCUGUAUGAUUUUAUUUUUGUACAGUGUAAAUAGUGCCUUGUGUUUUUUUUUUCUUUUUUCUGCUUUUUGACUUUUCUAUUUUGUUUUCUAUCUUUAAUAAACAUAACUUAUAUAUACA